UUUGGGUAUUUCUAUCGGCGAAUUGUGUGGUAUUUUCAUUCAGUAGUGAAAUAAAUUCACGACAAUCGCGUAAAUUUAUGUAUUUUAAAUUUUAUCACCCCGAGCACAGCACAUACGGAACAUGAACGAACGAACGAUUGAUUCAAAUGUUCGAUCACUGAACGUUUGACUUUGAACGUUUACAUUAUCAAAUAUUUACAGAGCGAUUCAGCGAAUUUGUAAAAAUCAUCGAAGCGUGUUUCCAAUUUUCGAAAAGUGAAAAUGAAGAAAAAUGGAGUCCACAAAUCCAGAUUCACCACCACAACCACAAUUCCUCGAAAUUGAAGGCCGGGAAAACUAUUCAGAUUUCAUCAAAAAACAGAAUAAAGAUGGUUUCAACUUCUCAAAAAGAACUUCUAGGUUCUUGGAAGGUUCCGUUCAAACGGAAUGCAAUUCCGAUCCUAAAAUUUGUUAUUUUGGACAUCCGUUCAUUAAAAUGUACACCAGUUAUUCCCAAUGUGCUCAUGGACAGAAAUAUUAUAAACUUAAAAAUCAGAAACACCGCGAUCAUCCGAUUGGUAAACAAAAAAGAUUUCGCAUCCAAAAUACUAAAAAAAGGGACUGUCUGGCAGCGUUGAAAGUUUGCAGAGUAAUAUAUUUUCCGGAAUUUCGUUUGAACAAAGAUGUGACCUGUUUCAAGAGAAAGAAAACUGAGAUGAUGAAUAAUCUACGAAAAAAACUGAUAUCUGGCGAAGUUGAAGGCAGAGAAAAGUAUUAUAUAUUCAUCUCUCCUCAGAGUGCUCAUAAUCACCCAGUUAUGACAACUUAUCUAAACCAGAAAUUAGAUGAUGGCGUAAAAAAUGAAAUUAAGAAGCUGGUAGAUAGCGGCAUCACAAGUACAUUCUUCAUAAAAGCAUCAUUAAACAAGUUCGUUUUGGAGUUGCCAAAUGGCCAAAGUAUUUCGAAGAUGUCCAAAGCUUUUUACCCAUCUAAAAAGAUAAUUGCAAACUACAUCGCAAAAUUCACCUUACAAAACCGAACUAGUAACAUAGAUCAAGUUGCUCUUCAGUCAAAAGUUGAUAAUUGGGCAGCUGAUGAAUCGGCAAAUAUUUUUUAUCGUCCUCAUGACACAGAACAUGAUUUUUUGUUGUGUUAUCAGACAGCAUGGCAACAGAAACUGCUGCAGAAAUUCGGAAAUAUUGCUCUUUUAGAUGCAACGUAUAAAACGGUGAAAUAUGCAUUACCAAUGUUCUGUUUGGCUGUGAAAACGAAUGUUAAUUACUGCAUAGUUGGAAUGUUUAUUACUUUAUCCGAAACAGCUGAUAGAAUCGAAGAAGCACUUAGAAUUUUCAAAUCAUGGAAUAGUAGCUGGAAUCCGCAAUACUUCGUGGUUGAUUUUUCGGAAGCAGAAAUAAACGCAUUGAAGGCAGUAUUUGGAUGUUACGUUUACUUGUGCGAUUUUCAUCGGGAGCAAGCGUGGGGAAGAUGGGUAAAAAAGCGUGAAAAUUUGGAUUUUGUUGCUGACGAGAAAAAAAUAUUGGAAAUAUUUCGAUGGAUUGCGAAUAGCCGUUCUGAGGUGCAAUUUGAAGAUAAUAUUGAGUCUUUGACAUCCAACGAAGUUCAUUUGCGGAAUCCGAAAGCCUCUCGAUACUUUGAGAACACCUGGCUAACUGUAAAAGAUAUGUGGAUUCGUUGCUUCUUUCCAGAAGACUUUAUUUUCAAAAUCGUAACCAAUAACGGAAUAGAAUCGCAAUUUAAAAUGUUAAAGUACGGUUAUUUAAAAAUUCGAAACGUUAAAACGCUCAGCGAAUUGAUGACUUUAAUGGUGGAUGACGUUUUUCCUGAUUUAUUGAACAAAUAUGUUCAAAUGAAUUCGGUGCUUGACUCAAAUUACAAAGUGUAUAAUGAAGAGAUACCAGCUUUUCUGCGAAAUCGACCUGGACCAUUUAUUGAACAUGUUUAUGAACGCUAUACUGCUGCACAUCAGUUCUCUCUGAAUUCAAUUUUCUUUGAAGGUGAUAAAAUAAAAGUCAGAAGUGAAACGAAUCCAUUGCAGUCUUAUGACGUGAACUUCAAUAAGCCAUUUUGUAGCUGUGAGGAUUUUUGGAGAUUUCGAAUGCCAUGCAAACACUUUUGUGCUGUAUUUUUGCAUUUACCUCAAGUACUUUCGUUCGAAGAUUUGCCAAUUGAGUACAGAAACCAUCCUUAUAUUACAAUCAAUGAAGACUUCAACGCAUUUGGCCAUAAUCAAUUUAUUGAUAGUAUCGGCGCGGAUGAUAUACUUGUCCCAGAAACCCAGAAAGAAAAUGUAAACCAAGAUUGCAACCCUGAUCAGCUUCAUCACGAUGUUGUGAAUACCAGACCUGACCUCGGAAAAAAGGAAUUAUUCAAGAUAAGGGAAACCUGUAAAAUUCUCAUUGACAAAACGUAUAACAUACAGAUUAAUGAACCUGAAGAUGCGUCUGUACUGUCCGCUGUUGAAAAUAUGCUGCAGGAGGCGAGUAAAAAAAUGAAUGAAUUGCAACGUGUCGAUUUUCUUCCACUUCGAAGUUCUACCAACGAUAAGAAACAUCUUUUGGAGUUACCUACUCGUAGUCGUAAGUCUAAAAAACUUAAAAAAUCCAAAGAAAAUGAAUGUACCCUCAACAUUUUAGAUGAGAAUGAGAAUACUAUUUUCAAUUCGAUUGAGAAUACCCUUAUCGAUAAUACGAUUUUCUAGUUUUCAACAUUUUACGUAAUUUGUGCCUAUCUCUGUUUGAUUACGUUUUAUAAUUAUUAUAAGCUACCAAAUAACCAAAAUGCGUUUACUCGGUUGAUUAUGUUUUAAGUUACUUUACUUUUACUCCUUUAGUCUUAGCGUUUGUACUUGUAGGUGUUACAAUGGUACUGCAAUUAUUCAUUUAUCGUGCUUACCUUUCGCCUUUCGGCAAGUCAAAUAUUUUCACGUUUUUAAUAAUUAUUUACAUUUACGAGAAAAUUAGGUAUAGGUAUAGUAUUAAAAUACUAUUGUUCAUUUUUCAUUUGUUUAUAAAACAUAAAACUGAAUAAAUUUUCGUUAUGUGCGACA